AUGACAUCAUUUGUAGAUAGAACUAUUGCUACUGCUACUACUUCUACUCCUACUGCCACAGCUACUACUACGACGACUAUUGGAAAGGACGCAGCAACAACAUCCUCAUUAUCCAUGACUUCUUCAUUAUCUAGUUCCAGUAGUAGUGUAUUUGCUCCACAACCAAUAGCACCAAUCCCUACAAAACUAAAUGAUAAUGAAGCAUUAUCCAAGAUGGAGAAUUCAAUAACACCAAGUCCAACUCCAAGGUCUACACCAUUUGGAGUUCUAAUAGAUGAUUUUAAUUCUAAAUAUUUACAUGAAAAACAUUUAGUUGAAGAUAUAGUUGAGAAGCCAAAAGAGCAAAUGCCAAAACCACCGCUUCUUGGGUUGAAUACAGGAGAAAGAGGUGAUACUCCUACUUGGUUAAUAUCACUGACAUUUGUCGAUGAACUUAAGGAGACCUUACCUUUAAUAUCUCAUGAACAUGCAACUACUUAUGCCAUUAUAACUCAUUAUUUAAGUAAUGAAUUAUUUUAUGCCAAUAGUUUAAUGAAUAUUACUCAACUGUUUCUUAAUCAUGAAUUCAAUUCAUUUGGUGAUAAUUUGAUAUUAGAUCCAAAUAUUCCCAAAACAGCAAAACCAUAUCAUGGAGAUAUUAUUGAUCAAUUAAGUAUGAUUUAUGAUUAUAUAAUUGAAUUAACUUCGAUUAUUGAGAUGUUUAAUGAUAUCUUAAGAGCAAAUAUUGAUAUUGAUGAAGUAUCAUUUAUAAAUUUAAAGACUAUCAAAAGUAAAUUAGAAUAUUUGGUUAUGUCAUAUUUAUGUGAUGGUAUUCAUGAUGUAAUGGAUAGUAUAACUGAAGGAAUAUAUGAAUAUAAUUUAUAUAUUGAACAAUUGAGGACAAGUGAAGAAGCCAAGGGAGAAGAAGUAGAGGUUGAUUAUGAUGAAGAUGAUGGAAGUUCUUACUCGUUAAUUAAUGGUUUAUAUGAUAAGAUUGAAAAUACCCUUAAAUUAAAGACCGAUAAAUUAACUAAUAAAGAUGUACUGAAGUUUUAUACGUUACUUACUUAUGGUAUCAUUGAGAAUGAAGAAUGGAAUGAUUUAAUUAAGAAAUUGAAAGCUUUGAUAUGA